CCUGCCUUCCCCGCCUCGCUCCGUCCGGCACUUCUGCCCAGGACCGAGCGCAGCGAAGGUACAAAGCCCAGGCAGGCGCGCCAUCGGGGCUUCCUCCUCGACGGGACGGGUUCCUUGUGUGACGGGGGUCCUGUCUGCCCUCCACCCGUCCCAGCGCCGGCUUUGAAACGGGGCUAGCGAGCGAGUCCUUUCCGUGGAGCCGGGCGCCGCUUCGCCUGGAAGCUUCGAGGGGAGGGACCGGACGGGACUGGAUAAGGAAGCUGAUCGCGGCGCAGAUCCGCUUGGAGAGCCUCGGACGGAGGGUGCCUUGGGAGAAGAGCAGGCAAGACGCCAGGGUGGGGACGACGAGGGGGGACGACCACCAUUGCCUACAUCGGAUCGCGUUGGCGGGUUCGACGGGGCCCCCCUAGCGAGUUCCCCGCCCGCUUGGGAGGAAACCGGCCGUAGGGAGCGGCCCCCUGUUCUCUGCGGGAGAGACUAGACGGGGUGGUCUUCCUACCCCUGGUGAGGGCCAUGGAGAGCCUCUGACCCCGGAUUCGUUGAGAGGAGUCUAUAAACUCAAAGGGCUGGAUCCUGCUUCCUCGACGGGAGGGGGUUUUGGCAGGCAGGAGUUUUCACCCCACUUCCCUGCUGAACGCCCCUGUGGCCCCCUGGAUGGUCUCUAUCCUCUGGGAAGUGGCAAGGAAGGCAAUGUUAGUGACCUAGAUGUCGGGGGCCUUGGACCAAUGAGGCCCAGAGGACCCCAAGGAGCCCCUGGGAAGCAUGUUCCGGAAGGCCCCACUAGUGGCCUGGGGGCCAGGUUCGCGGAGCGGGGGCACCACGGCCUACGCCAACCCCGUCUGGACGGCGUUAUUUGACUACGAGGCCGCCAGCAGCGACGAGUUGACCCUGCGGAAAGGCGACUUGGUGGAGGUGCUUUCGUGGGAUGCCGCCAUCUCUGGGGACGAAGGCUGGUGGGCCGGCAAGGUGAACAACCAAGUGGGCAUCUUCCCUUCCAAUUACGUGUCGCCCAAGACGGGGGGCUACGCGGGCCCCGAGAGCCCCCCUGAGGCCGACUUCCGGGACCUGAGGCUGGAGGAAGUGAUUGGGGUCGGUGGCUUCGGGAAGGUGUACCGCGGCAGCUGGAAGGGGGAGUUGGUGGCGGUCAAGGCCGCCCGCCAAGAUCCGGACGAGGACAUCAGCACCACGUCGGAGAGAGUACGGCAAGAGGCGCGGCUCUUUGCCAUGUUGCAGCACCCCAACAUCAUUGCCCUCAAAGCCGUCUGCCUCCGCGAGCCCAACUUGUGCCUGGUGAUGGAAUAUGCGGCCGGGGGUCCCCUCAGCCGCAUGCUUGCCGGCCGCAGGAUCCCACCCCACAUCCUCAUCAACUGGGCCGUGCAAAUCGCUCACGGGAUGCAGUACCUGCACUGCGAAGCCAUCGUGCCCGUCAUUCAUCGCGACCUGAAAUCCAACAACAGUGAGUAGGAGGGUUGGGAUUGGUGGUGAGGGAUUUGCAUAUAUUUGCAUAUAUUUUGCCUGAACAAAUCAAGCUGGUUGGUUAGUUCGUUUCAAAAAUGUGCAUCCCCGCCUUUCGGCUUGAAAUUGCUCACGUAACGAUAUCUUAAGAUCAAACAGUAGAACGAAAUGCAAGAAAAUGUAACCAAGCCAUAAACUUACAAUAAUGAAAAGAACAACCGAGGAGGGAAAAUAAGAACGGAACAUGGAAAAUUAACUCGGAACAUCCCUGUUGGAAUAAUCUUGUUUUUAAAUGCCGGCUUAAAGAUGAACAGGGAGGAGGCCAGGCAGACCUUUCUGGGAGAGAAUGUCAUCUUCUGGGUGCCACUUUGGAAAAGGCUCUGUCUCUCUCCCCUCUUAAUGAAACUUUUCCUGUUGUGUAGAAACAAGUAAAGCCUCAGCAGCUCGACAGAGGUGAUAGGCAAUUCCCAAGACACCACCCUGCUUGCAGAUUUGAGUGCAGUAUUUAAGAAAACGAGGACACUGUAAGCCAGGAACAGGAAGCAUCAGGCCUGGGGGCCAAAUACGGCCCCCAGGACCUCUCUGUCUGGCCCUUGAACCUCACCCAAGGCCAUAGCCCUCACCAGCCCUGCUCUGUGCCAUAGCUGAGUCGUUUUGCCUGGUUUGCCUGUCUUUGGACUGUGAGAAGGUGUCUUGCUUGCCUGGGUACAGGAUGGGAAUAUGUGGGGGAAGUGGGAGCCAUGCAAUUGCCUUUGGCUUCUAUGUGCCCAGAAUGCAACCUCCUGCACAAAGCUGAGCGUCACAUGCAUUGCUCUGCCUACUUUUGCAUCUGGCCCCUCCCACUCCUGGCACGCAGCACCUAGAGCAUUGGCCACGAAGGAAUGCGACCUUAAUGCGGGGAAGAACUUCCCCAUUCCUUCCUUAAGCCUUGAUAGUAAAUGUCAAAACUGCAAUUCCAAGUUGCAUCAAUUUCAUGGCCUAAACUAUGUCCUUCCUUAUUUAUUUUAGCAUUGGGGUACACAAUCUAGCAGGCGGUUUGUGCCAUUGUGUAGUUCAUUGUGUAGAAAUAUAACUUCUCGCUAGGGAUUGUGCCCCACGGGGGGCGGGGAACCACAGAAAGCCUUCCUUUCAACAACAGCGCUGAAAUUUGAAAUGUUGUUAGUGUUUCAAGUGUAAAAGAAAAAAUGGGGGGGAAAUGAAGGCAAGAAAAGGUGACUUCUGGAACAGGUGUACUGGGAGCAAGCAGCACUCUCAAAAGAAGCCAUUGAUAAGGAAUAUGCACUGUAAAUUUAAAGCACCUGUUCCCCAUAGAGAAUCCUGGGUAUUGUAAUUUAAGGGUUCUGAGAAUUGUUGCUCUUUCAGGGGUAAACUAAAGUUCCUGGGAUUUUAUUUGCUUUUAAGGCAUGGUGUAUAUGCAGCAAUAGGAAUGUAGGAAGCUGCUGUAUAGCAAGUCAGACCAUUGAUCUAUCUAGCUCAGUAUAGGAUAGAAACAUAGAAUUGUAGACUUGGAAGGCACCCCAGGGGUCAUCUAGUCCAACCCCGUGAAGCGUAGGAAUCUGCACUAGCUGGCAGCUGCUCUCCCAAGAUUUCAGCCAGGGGACUCUCCCAGCCUAACAGGAGAUGUUGCGGGUUUAAACUUGGGGCCAUCUGUGUGCAAAGCAGGCACUUGACCACUACAUCCCUCCCUGAUGGGGCAAGCUGCCCAGUGGACAGGAAGGUUUUGGAAGGCACAGGAAAGGAGCCUUCCUUUAAGCCAGAAUCAGGCCUGGAACCUUCCUUCAGUUCUGGGAAGCAAGGGUGCCUCUGAGCACAUCCAGAGUACUGUCCCCCCCCCCGCCAAGUAAACACAUUUUUACCCCUCCCACGUGCCUUAGUUCAAGAGGUGAACUAAGGUGGAGGCAGGCAUGAGAACUAGCAGGUCCAGUUUGGGAAAUGAAGUUCUAUCUGCCACCCUCUCACUGUUCUCCUCCCGGAGUUUUGCCAUCAGACAGCAAGCGAGUGUGACCUCAGUGACCCAAAGCUAGAAGGAAGUGACAGCAACUCUCUCUCUCUCUAUCUCUCUCUCUCUCCCCCAGAAACUAACUCUACACUGUCGUUUCCUCUUGUGAGGGCGAGAUAAAUGUUUUUCUUUCCAUGCAAACAAGAGCCUGAUGAUUUGAAGCCUUUUCCUCUCUCUCUCCAGGCGCUAGGCUUCCUCCAGCUGUAGAUUUGGGGAGGGGAACCAGGGACAAGAAGGGGGAGUUUUGUCCCAUACCAUUGCAGCCCUCGCUCUAAGCAACUCUUGCUUUGAUCUCCCUAAAAGCAAAUCUUCCUGUGGCAGAAGCCUGCACCUCCCCAUCGCAGAUAGGCAGAUGGCCAGCGCCGUCUCCCUUGUGCCAGUUGCAAGGCACUCUGCACAUGUUCAGAGGCACAUUGUCCUCUAGAUGUCGUGUCUUUCAGGCAGAAGGGUUCCUGUUUCAAAGCUGAUCGGAUGAUGGCUGUUUUCUUAGUCCCAUCCCAACUGCCCGCCUCCGUCGGUCAUAUGAGAAUCACGCCCUGCAGGGUUGUUUUAAUUCUGGAUUAAUGAAUUUAACUCUGGGUUAAUGAAUUUAAUUCUGUAUUAAAGAAUUUAAUUCUGGGUUAAAUGGGGAGCAUCUGUUUGGCUACCAUGGGGAACGAGACGCUGGAAGAGGUGAGCCUUUGCUCUUAAUCCGGCAGCUCUGCUUCUUACGCUGCGGGAACAGUACCUAGCAAUUUGUUCCCUAAAUUGUAGUUAUUACUGUUUGCAAAAUGCCCACCAUUAUGUCAGGCACGGUGUGAGAGGAGGACAAGCCCGUAUAUGGCAGGGAAUGUUCACUGCAACAGGAUUCCUCCAAAUAUAGGACUAAAUGGGAGCUGCCUUUGGAUGCAAAGUUGGGAAGGGAGUAGAUGGUAAGCAUCCAUCCUGCACCUGUGUGCAAAGCACUGUCCUCCUUGUUUCUUGGUCACCCCUGAGUGUGACAGAAUGCUGCAAACUGGGAUAUAUGCAUAUAUUUUAGGCCUGCGGAUCUUCCUGGCUCAGGGGCCUCACCUAUCCUAAGAAUGAUUACUUCCCUCAAAGCAAGGACAAAUGCUGCUGUCAUAGAAUUGUAGAGUCGGAAGGGACCCUGAAGAUCCUCUAGUCCAGGGGUGGCCAACUCCCAAGAGACUGCGAUCUACUCACAGAGUUAAAAACUGGCAGUGAUCUACCCCAUUUUGGGGGGUUCAGGUCAAAAUUGUUGAGCUUCUUUGGGAGGAGCCACUGAUCCACCAGUGAUCUACCACAGAACGUCCACUUAUCUACUGGUAGAUCACGAUCUACGUGUUGGAUGUUCCAAGGUCUAGUCCAUGGGUAGGCAAACUAAGGCCCGGAGGCCGAAUCCGUCCCAAUCACCUUCUGAAUCCGGCCCGCGGACAGUCCAGGAAUCAGUGUGUUUUUAUAUGAGUAGAAUGUGUGCUUUUAUUUAAAAUGCAUCUCUGGGUUAUUUGUGGGGCAUAGGAAUUCGUUCAUUUAUUUUUUUCAAAACAUAUUCCAGCCCCCCACAAGGUCUGAGGGACAGUGGACCGCCCCUGUGCUGAAAAAGUUUGCUGUCCCCUGGUCUAGUCCAACCCUAGGAAUAUGCAGCUGUCCCAUAUGGGGAUCAAACCUGCAACAUUGGCGUUAUCUGCACCAUGCUCUAACCAACUGAGCUAUCCCAUUAGGGCUGGGAAUCUUUUCAGCCUAUGAGCCAUGUUUCCUUCUGGGGUCACAUGCCCCUUGUAGGCAGGACUAGCAGCAAAAGUGGGUGGAGCAAAAAUAAUGUUAAUUUUACCAUUGUAUAGUCAGCUAGUUUCUACACACACUCAACACAUCGCAGUGUAUCCUCCAUCAAGAAGCAUGAUCAGAGUUCAAUGACACAUUCCAGCCUGGCAAAAACACCCAAAGGAGGAUGUGGAGCAUCUGGAAUUUGACAGAUACUGUAUGUUCAGAGCAUACAGUAUAGCCCAUAGCUGUCAACUUUCAGAUUUGAAAAUAAGGGAUCAGCAGCCUCGAAAAUAAGGGUUCAGCAGCCUCACCUGUUCCAGGGAUAGUCUACUGAAUAUCUAACAAUCCGAGAUAGCAGUGGGAAACGGCACUGGAAUAAGGGAAUUUCCCGCAAAAAAAGGGAAGGUUGACAGCUAUGGUAUAGCCUCUCCUAACAGGCUCAAAAAACCUUGCCAUCUGCCUCUCUUUAGAAAUAUAAGCUACUGUAACAGAACGUAGACCAGAGCUUUCAAAACUUGUCAUGGUGGUGACGCACUUUUUAGACACACAUCAUUUCAUGACACAGUAAUUCAGUUCUACUAGCAAACCAGUAAUUCAGCUUUACCAGCAGGCUCUCAUUCUAGCCCACACUGCAGCCGAAACGAUAACGUGUCGUGACACAGAGUUUGGAAAGCUCUGAUGUAGACAGUCGUUUUUAAGUCAGUUGGAGGUGGCUUGGGAGAGAGAUUUCGCUUCCUGUGAUGUACACACACAUGCAAACUUCUUUCUUCCUACUGUCACUUCUGAUCAAACAAGUUUUGCGGGGGUGGGCAGGGGGGGGAUACGAAAAACUUGCCCAACCUGUUUAACACAGGUGAACAUGGAAGGAGUAGGUACACCCCGCAAACAGUGAUCCCUCUUUCAAAUUCCUUUCGACUCCUCUCAAAGGACAACAGUUGCUUGUCUAUAGGUUCUUCCUUCUUUAUUCCAGGUCUUAUGCGUAUGUGUGUGUGUGUAAAUUUGUCACUCAUUAUCAACCAUCUGGCAAUAUCUGAAAGCAGCAGGAGAGUCGUCUUCAAAUAUCUGAAAGGCUGUCCGUCAUGCAGAAGACAGCGCAGACUCAGGCCACCUUCACACCAUACUAUAAUACUACUUUAUAGUCGUGACUUCUGUGCCAAAAAAUCCUGGGAAGGCGCGUUUGUUAAGGGUGCUGAGAGCUUUUAUUCCUCUAUUUCCCUCCCAGGGCUACAGUUUUCCGAGUGGUUUAACAGUCAAUCUCUUUCCCCAGGUAGCACUAGAAAUAGUAGCUGUGGGAAGGAGAGAGGGGUUUCCUAACAACUCUCAGCACCCUUAACGAGCUUCAGCUCCCAGAAUUCUUUGGGAGAAGCCAUGACUGUUUAAAGCAGAGGUCAGCAAACUUUUUCAGCAGGAGGCCAGUCCACUGCCCCUCAGACCUUGUGGGGGGCAGACUAUAUUUUUUUGGGGGGGGUAUGAAUGAAUUCCCAUGCCCCACAAAUAACCCAGAGGUGCAUUUUAAAUAAAAGGACACAUUCUACUCAUGUAAAAACAUACUGAUUCCUGGACCGUCCAUGGGCCGGAUUUAGAAGGUGAUUGGGCGGGAUCCGUCCCCUGGGCCUUAGUUAGCCUACCCAUGGUUUAAAGUGGUAUCAUAGUGCUUUAAAUGUAUGAAUGUGGCCUUGCUAACUGUUGUUCUGGAAGUCUAGGUGUAGAGCCCUAGGUCUGGAAACAGCAGGGAAGAAGGUUUUGGCUAAAGAUUAAGAGAAAAGUCCUAGUGGCGUAAGCUGUCCGACAGAGAACCAGGCUGCCUUGAGAGUCGCAGGUGGGCCCUCCUUUGCAGGGGCUGUUAAAUCCCAGAGGCUGAGUGGCUGUCAGUCAGGGCUGUGUCACUGUAACAUGCUGCACGGAAGAUCCUUUGUGGAGGUCAUCUCGUGCAACCCCUUGCUCCACGAAGGAUCUUCAGUAGAUCUCAGGGCUUGCCAUUAAGCCAAACCAACACAGAGUUUUCAUGUAUUGGUGACUUCAUCAAUACAUGAAAACUAUGUGUUGGUUUGGCUUAAUGGCAAGCCCUGAGGAGCCGACUGCGGAGAGGGCAGUUGCUACGGUAUGUUGUGAACUGCCCUGUGAUCUAUGGGUGUGGGGCAGUGUACAAAUUUAAUUAAUAAUAAUAAUAAACACAGUUUGAGCCAAGGCUUGGCCCUCACCCCUGUUUUCAGUGCUCCAGUUUGCUAACAGAGAGGAGAGUUUCUUUAUACCCAGGCAAAGUGGCACUUUCAGCUUUACACCACAAUAUUAUAGGGGCUGGAUGGCAAUGCUUCAAACACCAUUCUUUAUUCUCAUUACAGGAAUUCCAACCCCCUUCAGUGAAUUCCCAGGGUGUCUUACCAUAAAUGCAAUUAAAAGCAUUAGAGAAGCACCACCAUUUAAUGAAGCAGCUGAAAAGCAAGGCCAGGAGAUAAAAUUAUUCUUAAAAGCUGUUGUUGUAGUUUUUAAAAGCACAUCUUUGCCCCAUGCAGAAGCCAAAUCAGAUUAGGCCUCACCCACGCUUCCUUAAGGAGAGCAUUUCACAACCAGGCUGCCACCACAGAGAAGGCCUUUUCCUCGAUCACCACCCACUCCGCUUCUGAUGGCAGAGGACAGCCGCCAACGAGACCUAAAAGCAGGGAUGCGGAGCUUGCGGCCCUCGGCCUGGCUUCAUGUGGCCCUCAGUCAAAUAUCAUACGGUUGGCAGUAGUGGGGGGGGGGAGAGGAGGAGAAAAAGUGGGGAGUGGGAGGCAGGAACAGCUGAAGCAGAAGCAAUGAUGGAAGGGGAGAAGGAAAGCCCUAUGCAAGAAAGCAGUCCAGACCUCUGGCAAGAGAAAUCUGCCCAUUCCCUGGCAACCUGCCAGGCAAAGAAAGGUGGAGGUUGUAGAAAGAGAUAGACAGAUAGAGGGAGCUGGCAGUGGGAAGGUGGAAAGGGGAGCUUACCCUUCCAAUCCUGAGCUUACCCUUCCCAUUAAGGUAAGGAGUAAUUGCUGACAGUGUUCGAAAUUAGCCAGGGGCCAGGCGCAUUUUGCACCCUGGGUUUUGACCACUUGCAACCAAGUGAAGGUACCUGGGCGCCAGGAUUGCGCCUGACAUCUCUACCAUCUGGGGAUCAUUGGAUCUGGACUGUUUUCACACACUAAUACCCCAUCCUGUAGAAUUCUUAUCAGUUACAUUUUAUCUUCACAAUUGGAAUGAAUUUCAGGAACCAAAUUGCUUUAUCUGUGCAGCCUGAGCAGGAGCAGUCCGCAUUAAGAAAAAGAGGUUGGAAUAAGCCGAUAGAUAUGCAGACUGUCCCUGGAUCAAGUGACUUUUAUUCUUUAAGUUCUCGAAAGUUCUUAAGCUAGCUCAAGGUUGUCAGCUGAAGUAGCCGGAUGUUUAACUGAGAAUCAGUCACAGAGAGUCCAUGAAAAAGAAGACUUUAGAGCUGUCUUGCCCUAAAAUGGCAGCUAGACAUUCUCUUUUGGUGACUGCAACCUUGGUGUAAGGAGUCAUUUGGCUUAUAGACAUGAGUUUCUAACAUGGUGAGUCUUGGCAGGGCGGCAGAAGCAGGGGACGAGGAAAGCGCUCAUCAUUUCAACCACACACAUCGGCGCACUGUGUUUUCAACUUCAAACCAUAGCUAAGUUUAGCCAUUGUUGAAAGCGACAUGUGAACCGAUCCACUGCCAGGGCCCUUUGCAGAAAAAGUGGGAUGCAAAUAUUCCAAAUAAGAAAUGAAAAUAUGUGCUGGGGCUGGUAGCAGCCUGACACAGCCUGCGAGAGGUGGACCCCACCAUCUCCACCAUGGCUGUGUGAGACCUGAGAUCCGACAUUUUUUAUUUUAUUACAUUGCAUUUCCAUCCCACCUUUCUCUCUCAGGAGCUCGAGGUGACAUACAUGGAUCUCCCCUUCCUCAUUUAAUCACCCUAACAACCCUGUGAGGUACGUCCAAUGUACCCAGGGAUCUCCUGAGUGGGGAUUUGAACCCUGGUCUCCCAGUUCCUAGUCUGACACACUAACCACAACACUGUACUUGCCUGCGCACUCCAGUGAGGAGUCUGUGUGGGGCUUCUAGACUUAGGUGUCAACUUUUGAAUUUGUGGCGGCAGCUGCUGUUGAUGGUGUGCUUUUAAAGAUCUUACCACUCCUCUUGUGGUGCUGACACAGUUAUUCUGCACUCCCACCCACCCCACCCCCGCACCAAGGUGAGGAUCUCAGUUCUGCCUGUUCUCUCUCCUGUCCUGGAAUUGUGAGCCAGAACUCCCAGACAGUUGGGGAGGCCAGGGAGUUGUGAAAUCACGAGCAGAAAAGCCCCGCGCGCCAAUUGUGCAAUAAUCACCAUGGAAACUCUCUCGUAUGUAAAGCAGCAGUCCUUGGCAGUAGAAUCACAAGUAGGGACCCUGAGGUUGUUUAUGUGCAUGUGACUGAACGUCCGAGUGAGAGGCAAGAUGAUUUCAGUGUAACAUAUAUAUCCUCCUUAUGUUCCAAGCCUUUGCUCCUCUGUUGCAGACCAUCCAGCUAAGGCAUAAGUGUUUCUCUGUGUGUGUACUAGUUGAGGAGGGAAGGGCAAUUCACUCUGUAGCUGCCCCAAUAACUCCUCCUGUAUUAUACUUACUAAUAAUAUUACUAAUAAUAUUGUUCAAGGUGUUUUCCAUUUGAGUUCUAUUCUGAGUAGACCUAUCGAGAGGUUGUGGACUCUCCUUCCUUGGAGGUUUUUAAGCAGAGGUUGGAUGGCCAUCUCUCAUGGAUGUUAUAGCUGAGAUUCCUGCAUUGCCGGGGGUUGGACUAGAUGACCUUUGGGAUUCCUUCCACGCUAUAAUUCUAUGAUUCCAUGAUUCUAUGAUCCAAUGAAAUCCAUAGCCAUAACUAGCUUAGGACGAUUUCUUCCCAUGAGUUUUCCCUAAUGAAAACAUAGUUGUUGACGACAAACCUAGAUAUAUUUAUUACCUGCCCUUCACCAUGAUGUUCCAGAGUAUUAAAAUCAGUUAAAACUGAUAUUGCAGUUCCUUGAGAACCUUGCCUUUUUGAGGGGAGAAGAGACAAAUUUCUAGUUCUUUAUGCUGCCAAGUAAAAACUCAGUGGGCCACCCAUGAACACAAAGCAGUGAGUUGGUUAAUUCGUAGGUAGAAUUAACCUAGUGGCCUCCCAAACAAUAUUAGCACCAUACAUUUAAAGCACUAGAGUACGCUCCAGGCAGCUUCCAACUUAUAUAAAAACAUAAUAAAAUAUUAAAAAACUUCCCUACAUAGGGCUCCCUUCAGAAGUCUUCAAAAGGUUGUAUAGUUACUUAUCUCCUUGGCUUGGUUUUUUUCUUCCUUUUCAUAACUCCAUACCCUCUAACGUUUCUCUUUUCCUAAGGAAAAGCGGGACAUCCCAGGGUCAAAUCAGAAACCGGGACAGCUUCUGUAAAUCCGGGACUGUCCCUGGAAAACAGGGGCACUUGGAAGGUCUGAAGUGUGGGUGCUGCCACGCUAAAAGAUGGAUUGCUUACAAAUGUGGAAUAAGUGUUACGUGGCACCUGAAUCGGUGCCAGUUCCACAGACCAAAGCGAUUUGGGUGGGUAUGUAGGGAGAAGACUUAAUAAGUUGUGUGUGCUUGUGUGACGGUGCUGGUAAGCAGACCUCCCUCCCUGAUCUCUAGGAAGGCUGUGGAUGUCGGUGGAGGGUGUGGCGUUGUUUUAAAGAGGGCUUUCCUUGCGUAGGGUGUUCUUUCAAGGCAGAGGAGGGAGGGAGAGAGAGAGAGAGAGAGAGAGAGAGAGAGAGAGAGAGAGAGAGUUGUUCGCCAGCCUCUCUUAAACAAUGGCCCAGUGGUUGUGGCAGAGAUCUGGUCCCUUCACUUCCUCCCCAGUGGCUUCCUGCUCGCUCUCGCUCAGGCUUCCUCUCUGUCCUGGCUGACUGGGGAAGGGAAAAACGUCUAGGCCUCAGAGCAGCAGCAGCAGCUGUUGGGGGCGGGGAGGGUGCCUUCUUGGGGUACUUCUGUCGGGGGAGCCCCUUCCCUACAGCCCAACAGAACAAUGGACCGAUUCUCCUGCCAGCGCCACACACAAUGGGGCGCUCAGUGACGCAGCAUCCCAGGGAAAUGCUUGAGUCGCCUACGGGUCAUGGGGCCAAAGCCCAGCCAGAACGGCGGGACUGGGAUUGCCUCGCAGCCAGGGCUGCGGAAAGGGCUUGUGGGCCAUAGCUGAGGGCCAGGGCUGAGAGGGACCGAUGCUCCCAACUGGUACUAAAGGAACGUGGGGGGCGGGGAGUCCUUUUGGGUGUCUCACAGGGAGACACCCAUAACCAUUUCCCAGGAUCUGGGAAGUACAAAACGGCAACAGCAGUGCCUCUGAUGACGUGCAGAGUGCAGUCUUGGGUUACCGUAUCCUGUGCUCGUACAGCUGGAUUAAGGAGACAGGCUUGCUUUCUUCUGUUUUUUGGGUGGUGGUGUUUGUAUUUAUAAUGCUCUGCAGCAUCUGUCAGACAUGAGACACUAAGCCUCUUAUGCGUUAGGUAAGGCAGAUAGAUUGCAAUUCCAAAUAUGUCAGAUCAGAAAGGUAUGGCAAGGCAGCUCUGUUUCAAGUAGCAUUAGGGAUUAUUUGGUUUAUUCAUAACCAAAAUACAGUCGUACCUCGGAAGUCGAACGCCUUGCAAGGCGAACGUUUUGGCUCCCGAACUCCGCAAACCCGGAAGUGAUUGUUCCGGUUUGUGAACGUUCUUUGGAAGCCGAAUGUCCGUUGCGGCUUCCGAUUGGUUGCAGGAGUUUCCUGCAGCCAAUCAGAAGCCGUGCCUUGGUUCCCCAAUGUUUUGGAAGUCGAAUGGACUUCCGGAAUGGAUUCCAUUCAAUUUCUGAGGUACGACUGUAGUGAAAUGGACCUAAGUCUAGGUGGACGUGUACAAAGGGCUUUUGCCUGUAUGUAUCUGCAAGGAGGAGGGAAGUAAGAGUGUGACAGCUCCUAGGGGCCAAAGUCCCUUCGCCCUCUCCCAAUAAAGUAUUUGAGGGGGCCAAGCCCCCCAAAGUUGAUGUGCAUUGCCAUUCAAAUGGUGUGGGUGAGCCCCAACAUGUGAUUGAUUAUGGAGGGGCUGGACUUACCUGCCCUCCCCCAAAUAUUUUACUCAAGUUGGCACACCUGGCUCAGUGGGAAGACAUCUGCUUGGCAUACAGAAAGUUGCCAUUUAGAUCCCUGGCAUCUCCAGCUAGGGUUUUGGAGAGCAUCCUUUUUGAGAGCUGGACAUUUUCUUUAUCUCUGUCUGGCAGCCACUCAGAACAGGCAACAGCUUUCUAACAGGCAAGCUGCACAAUCACAUUUAAUGUACCUGCUUUAAAAAGGUGGGGGUAAGGAAGCCGAAUCGGGACCACAUCACAAAGGGAACAGCGUUAACCCUCCUCUCUUGAUACGGUGAACACAUACACAUGGAAGUUGCUGUAGACGUUUCCCUCCUGGGCAAAGAGCAGCGUUCAGUGCGGUGAUAUUUAUCAGAGUCCAGGCACAGAAGAAGGAAAAGGUUCAACAACCCUCUCCCUACCACAUGCCACUGUCUAGAUCCCUGACCAACAUAGGCCUGAUCCCCACCCCCCACCCCAAUGCCUGGCUCUUAAUAAAACUAAACAAACCUGCGCACACUCACUGUGAUUAUUGGUUCCUAAGAUUUGUCGUCUCCUAUUCCGUGUGUGCCCCAUUAUAUAUUUAACAUUGCCCCCAAACUGUUCUGGGGAAACAUCUUGAUAAGCAAGAGCUGUCUGGAGGCAGAACAGGCAGCAUCGGGAGGUGGUGGGCUCUCCUUCACUGAAGGUGCUUAACUAGAGACUGUCAGGGAUGCUGUCACGAGAAGAUUCUUGCCCUGGGCAAGGGGUUGGGCUAGAUGACCGCUAGGAUCCCUUCCAGCUCUAGGAUUCUGCUGCCCCUCAUAUGGUUGGGAUAACUUAGAUUGAUGACUACAAACAUCUAGAUGCUCCUGCUGGCUCCUGGAUCUCAAGUUGUAUAGGUCUUUAGGGGGAAUCACUAACAUCUCAAAAGAGGUUUAAAAAAACGGACCAGGAAUUACAUGUGCUUUUUCCAGCUCUGGCAUGUUGCAUUCCUGAUAGUCAGGCAUUAGUUUCUGAUGCUGGUCUCAGGGCUCUAGCGUUGACCUUGGAGCAUCAAAUAGGUAAGGUAGAGAGCCUUAAAUAUGAGGACUAGCAACUUGAAAAUAAGGCCCAAAGCCAUUGGAAUCCAGCAGGAAAUUGAAAACACACUUGCAGCAGCAGGAGAGAGUUCAAUCUGGAAAAUUCACCACUGUGCUGAGCAAAGUUCUUUCAUCUCCCCACUUUGAAGAGUAGUGAUUGGGGGUGGGUUUCAGCUUUUUGGACCAUCAGGGCACGGAGCCAGGACUCAUGGGUUCUUUUGCCGGUGAAGUUCUGAGUUGGGUUUAGUAGGUUAGAGCAGAGGAGCGUGACUGCUUCUGCCUCGCCCUGGCUCAGUUUCCAUGCUGUGUGUGUGCCAAGUGCACGGAGGAAGCUUGGCAGCGUGGGUAAAAGCUGCCAGCACAGGAAGCUCCUUUUGUGCCAGGGAGGUGCUGACGAGGGUGCCUUCCCAGGGACUGAUUGCCACAUAGUGCAGCAAUAAGAAUGUCAGGAGAGCUCUGCUGGAUCAGGCCCAUCUAGCCCAGUUCUCACUGCUGCCAACCAGAUGUCUGUGGGAAGUUCACAAGCAGGACCUGAGUGCAGCAGCCGUGAUCCCCAGCAGCCAGUGUUUGGAGGCAUAGUGCCCCCAAUAGCAUAUGUAAAAUAUUGCCAUUGUAGCUAGCAGCCAAAUCAUAACCCCUUAGCCACCCAGAAUGACAACUUAAGCUGACAGAAUAUGCGCAGCUUUGCAGACUUAACAUAUAGAACAAGAGAACGAGAAGAACAUACGUUUAAAGAAGAUUGGAAAAUGUUUAUUGAAUAUAUGGGGGGAAACUGUGUACAGCUGAAAGCACUGGAAGCAUUAAGAUAAAUUCAACAGUGUAAAUAAGUUUUGAUGGACGCAAUAAUGGAAUACUGAAUGGUUUAGUUUUUGUAAAAUAUGCAGGGAUUUAUGAUGUGCAAAAUGAACCAUGGAAAGAGAAGAAUGGAAGUCAUUAAUAUUUUAAGGAUGUUUAAAUGAGUGUUUAAAAUUGUAAAACAGAAAAUUUAAUAAAAAUUAUACACACACACACACACGUAAAUAAAACAAAAUGGCAGUACUCCAGAGGGCUGUCACAAAAGGCUGUCAGCCUUUGUAAUUUAAGCUCCCUUUAAGCUGUUGCUAUUGUUAUAUUUGGGACGCGGGUGGCGCUGUGGGUUAAACCACAGAGCCUAUGUCUUGCCAAUCAGAAGGUUGGCAUGUUUGAAUCCCCGCGACGGGGUGAGCUCCCGUUGCUCGGUCCCUGCUCCUGCCAACCUAGCAGUUCAAAAGCACGUCAAAUGCAAGUAGAUAAAUAGGUAUCACUCCGGUGGGAAGGUAAACGGCGUUUCCAUGCGCUGCUCUGUUUCCCCAGAAGCAGCUUAGUCAUGAUGGCCACAUGACCCGGAAGCUGUCCUCAGACAAACGCCGGCUCCCUCUGCCAGUAAAGCGAGAUGAGCGCCGCAACCCCAGAAUCCCUUUACCUAUUUUUUUUAUUUGUUUGUUUGUUUGUACCCCACCCAUCUGACUGGGUUGUCCCAGCCACUCUGGGCUGCUUCCAGUAUAUACAAAAACACAAUAAAACAUUAAACAUUAAAAACCUUCCUAUAAAGGUUGCAUGAUCCACUAUGCUGAAGUCCAUUAACCACCUUUAACAUGCUAUUUCCCCCUCUCCCAAUAUUUAUUAAGAUAAUGUGCUAAAACCCAAAAAGCCUUGAAAAAUAAAAGUGUACCCUUAACUUUCCAUCCCACCAAUGCUGGGUCCAUGUCCUAACUCAGCAUUAGAACAAUUUCCUAUGGACUAGGACAUGGGAGACCAGGGUUUAAGUCAACAACACAGCCAUGAAGCUCAGCGGGAGACUUAGUGCCAGUCGCUAUCGCUCGUCCUGACCGACCUCACAGGGUUGUUGUGAGAGUAUAAGAUUGAGAGGGGAAGAAAUCCGUAUGCCACCUUGAGCUCUCUGGAGAAACAAAGGCGGCGCCAUACAAAAUUAUAAUCAGGAUGGGGCAAUGGUAGAUGUCUGUGUUAACGGGAGAAAAAGUAUUUUGUUAAUAUUUGUAACCAAAGGACUCUGAACAUAUGAAGGGUGUCUUAUACUCACUCCUGAUUAGCCCCUCAGAUGUACAUGGGGAAUUUUAAGGAAAGGCUUCCAGGUUAUGGGGAAUGAGGGCCAGGGAAGCUUUGGCUCGUUAAGGCCUCUCUGAUUGCGUUUUCCUGGAUGGAGGCCUCCAAGCCUCCUUCACUGGCUUCCCUCAGAAUCCCAUGUCUGCUUCUUCUCUCCCCUCAGUCCUGCUGGCGGAAUACGUGGACGAUGGAGAUGUGAGUGGGAAGACGCUGAAGAUCACCGAUUUUGGGCUGGCCCGCGAGUGGCACAAGACGACCAAAAUGAGCGCGGCGGGCACCUACGCCUGGAUGGCACCGGAGGUCAUCAAAAGCUCCACCUUCUCCCGGGGCAGCGAUGUCUGGAGGUGAGAGGGUGGGGUGGGCCCUGUCUAAGGUUAGAUUUUGGCCUUGGAGCCCAGAUGUGCAGGAAGAAGCAAGUACCCUCUUGCCCUGGGACACCUCCCUUGCCAAAGCAGAACACCCUGUUUCGAAAACCGUGUCAGAGUCCCAGUUAACUAACACGCUCUCCACGUUCUUGCUCCAAGGAUCUGUGGAAGUCCACAGCAGGUAAAAGAAGCAAAAUUCUGCAUGUGUGUAAGAAAAGAGACUCCCCUCUUACACACACACACCUUUCAGGCUGGGUUUGGAGCUUUGACAGGGAAGUAGCUCAGACUGAGGGUUUGUCUGGGAGCUGGAGGUUCCAACCCUUUCUGGCUCUUGGCCAGGCCCUGAUCCAGGCAGGUGCUGACUUGCACUUCCCCCUCCUCACAUGCAGCUAGCCAGGCACUUUGACAGCAACUCUGAAGCUCCUGACUGCCUUGCCAUCUCCUGUGGCCCUGAGGGAGACUGGAGGGUUUGAGAGCCAACCAGUUGGUGCGGGGAUCCCUAACAGGUCCUCACAAUCAUUGGUAGUGUGGAUAUCUGCUAUGGGGCCGGAUCUGCUCCCCUUGUUCCUCCACCAAGGACACUCCAGGUCCAGGUCUAGGCAACACUGAACCCAAGCAGUGUACGCGUGUGUAAGAAAGAGGCAGACAGAAACAGGCCUCAUUCACACCAUACAUUUAAAGCGCUCUGAUGCCAUUUUUAAAUUGUUUUGUUUCCCCCCAAAAAAUCCUGGGAAAGUGAGAAGGGUGACGAGCGUUUUUAAAGGUAAAGGGACCCCUGACCAUUAGGUCCAGUCGUGACCGACUCUGGGGUUGCGGCGCUCAUCUCGCUUUAUUGGCCGAGGGAGCCGGCGUACAGCUUCCGGGUCAUGUGGCCAGCAUGACUAAGCCGCUUCUGGUGAACCAGAGCAGCGCACGGAAACGCCAUUUACCUUCCCACCAGAGCGGUACCUAUUUAUCUACUUGCACUUUGACGUGCUUUCGAACUGCUAGGUGGGCAGGAGCAGGGACCGAGCAACGGAAGCUCACCCCGUUGCGGGGAUUCAAACCUCCAACCUUCUGAUUGGCAAGUCCUAGGCUCUGUGGUUUAACCACAGUGCCACCUGCUACACUUCUCAUAAUGGUUAACCAGUCAAUUCCUCUUUGUGGGGAACUCUGGGAAACUGUAGCUCAAGGAAGGGAAUAGGGGCCUCCUAACAACUUUCAGCUCCCAGGAUUCUUUGAGAAAAGCCAUGACUAUUUAAACUGGUAUCCCACUGCUUUAAAUGUAUGUUGUGAAUGUGACCACAGUGUGCAUACACAGGACAGGACAUUGGGUAACAAGUGACUGAAACCAUUUUUCAUUGCCCGUCAUGGGUGUGGUGCAAAAAAAAACCUUGUGAGCUUGCAGCUCAAAGUCUUGAUCGCAAGCAUCAGUCUCAAGUAAGCGCAAAGAGAUGGGCUUCACUUUCCAGGUACAUGUUUGCUUGCCGUUUUAGCCUUGCUAAUUAACUGAUGGGAAAGACCCCCGGGUGGCUUAAAGUAAAGGUAAAGGGACCCCUGACCAUUAUGUCCAGUCGUGGCCAACUCUGGGGUUGCGGCGCUCAUCUCGCUUUAUUGGUCGAGGGAGCCGGUAUACAGCUUCCGGGUCAUGUGGCCACCAUGACUAAGCUGCUUCUGGCGAACCAGAGCAGCGCACGGAAACGCCGUUUACCUUCCCGUCAGAGCAGUACUUAUUUAUCUACUUGCACUUUGACAUGCUUUCAAACUGCUAGGUUGGCAGGAGCAGGGACCGAGCAACGGGAGCUCACCCCGCAGCAGGGAUUCGAACCGCCGACCUUCUGAUCGGCAAGCCCUAGGCUCUGUGGUUUAACCCACAGCGCCACCCGCUUACAAAUAUCAAUAAUAAAAGAGUCUCUGCCCUCAGGUUUACAAGCUAAAUUGUUGUUGUUGUUUUAUUAUUUGUACCCCAGCCAUCUGACUGGGUUGCCCCAGCCACUCUGGGCAGCUUCCAACAAAUAUAAAAGCAUAAUAAAAGAUCAGACAUUUAAAAAUUUCCCUAAAAGACACUGCACAAAAGGAAAAUAGAUUGGGAAGGAGGAGGAAAAAGACAUUCGGCACGAGUUCUAGUAAGGACCAGCUGGAAUAGGAGAUCAACUGGAAGGGGACAGAGUGGAAGCCUCUAUGGAAGCAGUUUCAAAAUGUCUGGGUAAGAUUCAUAAGGAGGGACUUUAUAAUUCCCACCCCUGCAAAGAUCAGGAGAGGAGAGAAGCCCAGGGCUCCACCGUUUGGCCUGUUUUGAGAGGGCAGCAGAAUAUCACCCUGCAAGCGGGGAUCCCGGGUGGCUCAGCAGCACCCUAGAAUUUAGCCCUAUCUCCCUUGUCCUUUUCCCUCCAGCUAUGGGGUACUCCUUUGGGAGCUUCUCACUGGCGAAGUUCCGUACCGGGGCAUCGAUGGCCUUGCCGUGGCCUAUGGGGUCGCUGUGAACAAGCUGACACUUCCUAUCCCGUCCACUUGCCCGGAACCCUUUGCACGUCUCAUGGCAGGUAAGCAGGAAGCAGUAAAGGAGGCGGGACUUAGGGACUCCAUCGCGAGAUGGGAUGCCCUGCAAAGAAGGUGGGAAAGGGUUGUACCCAUUUCUGGCACCGGUUUGAGCUCUGUGUGCAUUCUGUCUGUCUCCCUCCCACUUCCCCGGUGGUCCCGCCAGAGUGCUGGGAGCAGGACCCCCACCGACGCCCCACUUUUGCAUCCAUCCUGUCCCAACUGACGGUGCUGGAGACCCAAGUCCUCCAUGAUAUGCCCCAGGAGUCCUUCCACUCCAUGCAAGACGAUUGGAAAGUCGAGAUCCAGGACAUGUUUGAUGAGCUGCGUGCCAAGGAAAAGGUAAGGGAGAGGCGAGAGGACCUGGAACGUUCAUUUAGGGGCAGAGCUCGGGCCUAGAAUCUUGUCGUUGUACCAGAACACAACACUUUUUAAGGCAGCCUUCGCCAACCUGGCGCCCUCCAGAUGUUUGGGACUACAAUUCCCAUCAGCCCAAUGGGAGCUGUGGUCCAGAACAUCCAGAGGGCACCAGGUUGGCAAAGACUGCCUGGAGGUAUCAGUCAAUCCAUCACUUAUUAUACAGUCACAGGCCUGCCAAAAUAGAAGAAACAGAAUAAAUACAUUUUAAUUAAAACAUUUACUUAUUUAAAAUGCAACAUGAUACAAAGGGUAAAGCAUACAUAUUUAAAAUACCAAUAUGAUUCAAUGAUAAUCCAUCUAAUCCCCGAAUGAGGGCACAGGAUACCACCCUGAAACUGGGACCUUGUACGUGUCUCUGUAUUAAUGACAGAUAGUGCUUCUGAAACAAGCAUAAAGUGUAAUUAAUGAGUAUGAAUGGGCUUUGUUCUGUUCUUUCUUUUUAGCUGGGAGGGAUGGUUGAUGGCUGCCAUUUUAUUUCCCAGGAAGCCACAGUACGGCGCCACAGCUGGGCAUUCUGGGACAAUAAAAUGUUAACAUCCAGGAGGCAGCAGUAGACGAAAGAAGGGUGAGGGUGGAGAUAAAAACAAAUGUGGGUAAUUAAAUCAGGGGUGGGGAACUUUGGCCGUUCAGAUAUUUACUUUACUUUAUUGGCCAUGGUUGCUGGGGCUUAUGGGAGUUUUGGUUCAGCAACGUCCGGAGGGCGAAAGCUCCACAUCCCGGAAUUAAAGGAAGGCAAAUUUACUCUCUGAAUUGCAAGUCAAGUGAGGGGUUUACUAAUGAAAAUGGGUGGAAAAGCAAUUUCUCUGCACCCCUUUGCCCAGGUCAGUGGAAGGGCCCAUGUGCUGGCUGGGACUGAUGGGAGUUAGAGUCCUGGACGGGCCCUGGGAAAGGGCCGUACCUCAGCAGCCAAACACCUGCUUUUGCAUGCAAAAGGUCCCAUUGGCCAUGCUGGUCAGGCCUGCUGGGAGUUGUAGUUCAGGAACAUCUGGAGGGCCAAAAAUUCCCCAUACCUGAUCUACAUGAACCAGUGUUCUGACUCAGUAUAAGGCCAUGUUCACACCAUACAUUCAGUGCACUAUGGCACUACUUUAGACAGUCCUGACUUCCCCCAAAGAGUCCUGGAGCUGUAGUCGGUAAAGGGUGCUGAGAGUUCCCUGUGGAGAGGGAUGGAUUGCUAAACCACUCUGGGAAUUGUAGUUCUAUGAAGGGAAUAGGGGGCCUCCUAAUAAAUCUCACACACUUUACUACACUUCCCAGAAUUCUUUGGGGGAAGCCAUGUUUGCUUAAAGUGCUUUUAAAGGUAUGGUGUGAAUGUGGCCUAGGUCAGGUUCUGGCCCCAAUACGUCUCAUUGGAGAAAGGAAGCUCCGUCGCUGGCAGGUUUCCAAAACACACGCUCUCUCACUCUGCCCAGACCCAUAUGCGUACCAUUCCCCCCUUCUUCGCAGGAACUGCUGAGCCGCGAGGAGGAGCUGAAGCAGGCAGCCCUGAAGCAGAAGUCCCAGGAGGAGUUCCUGCGUCAGCGGGAGCACGAGCUGGCGCAGUGGGAGCUGGAAGUCUUUGAGCGGGAACUGAGCCUCCUCAUUCAGCAGAUGAACCGGGAGCGUCCCUACGUCAAGAAGCGGAAGGGGACCUUCAAGAGGAACAAGCUGAAAGGGAGGGACAGCGAGCACAUCAGCAUGCCACUUGGUAGGGCCCACAGGGGGUGGGUCCGGGGAGGGGAAUCAGGCAGAAAGCAAGGAUUCCUGUCAGGGAUGGCUUCUGGUUAGAAGGGGUGUCUUGACCACAGGCCUUCUAGGAACAUAGGGCUGUUGUUGUUGUGUGUUUAUACCAUGCCUUUUCCCCUGACGAGACUCAAGGCAAUUUUAUCCAGUCCUACUUAGAGUAGACCCACUGAAUUUAAUAGACACAUCUAAUGUAUUAUGAAGCUGUGAAGCUGAGGCUCCAAUACUUUGGCCACCUCAUGAGAAGAGAAGACUCCCUGGAAAAUACCCUGAUGUUGGGAAAGAUGGAGGGCACAAGAAGAAGGGGACGACAGAGGACGAGAUGGUUGGACAGUGUUCUCGAAGCUACAAACAUGAGUCUGACCAAACUGUGGGAGGCAGUGGAAGACAGGAGUGCCUGGCGUGCUCUGGUCCAUGGGGUCACGAAGAGUCGGACACAACUAAACGACUAAACAACAACAACAACAAUGUAUUAAUUCAACCAGGGUGGAUUUUAUUUAAAUCAAAUCAAUUUAAAGCACUAGUCAGUAAGACUUGGUUUAAAUCACGAUUUAAAUCAUUAGUCAGUAAGACUUGAUUUAAACCAUUAUUUUUUUUUUACAGAAAGACUCAUUCUUGUUGGUAUCAUCUUAAUAUUUACAACCAGAUGAAGGUUUCAUUUUUGGAACAAUAAUAAUUUUCAGAGUAGUUUUUAUAGUUGUAUCAAAAAUUACUGAUUUGGUUAUAUAUAGACAGAUAAUUAUGAAAUUAUCAUGAGGUUUAAUAAGUUAACUGUUUAUAUUUGGACAACUUUUCUGCUAUACUUGGAAGGAGAAAAAUAAUCAUUUCCUCAAUAAGAAUUUAAACCAUUUAUUUAACUAAAACAAUAACAUUAUAGCAUAUGUAUCCGUGUUUGUUAACUGAUGUGAUUAAACAAUUUUAAAACAAGAACAACACCUGUUGCCCAUCCUAAGUUCAGUGAUGGGCAUGAAGAACCAUGAGCCAAAACUUUGGAACAUUGACAGAGCCUGGAAUUCUGAGCUGGCCUUUUCUAAAUUAAACUCAUUUUAAACUAUGCAUUGUUACAGAAGGGUAAUUCAUGCCCCCCUCCUUAUUUCAGAUUUUAAGCAUCGCAUCACAGUAAUGGCUUCUCCUGGACUGGACAAAAGGAAGGACUGCCUGGAGAUGGGGGCAGGUGGAUCCCCUCCCUUCCAACGAUUCCGAGCUAUCCGAUGUAAGUAACAUUUUUUGGGGAGGGGAGGUGUAGAAGUGGAGCAAGUGGAAUCUGGAGUGUUCAGACUUUCCUCUAGAUAACCCCAACCAAAUCCUGGCUGAUUGCCGGCGAUUUGGGAGUGAAAUGACAGCAAGGUCUGCUUCUAGUCAGGUGAGGCACAAAGGGCUGCCAAAAUGAUCAAGAGAUUGGAGCAACUCCCUUAUAAGGAAAGGUUACAACAUCUGGGGAUUUUUAGUUACAAGAAAAGGCAAGUAAGAGGGCAGGGAGACACGUUAGUGGGUGUAUAAAAUUAUGUGAGGUGUAAACGACGUGGCUACAAAGACGUUUUUUUCUCCCUCCCUUAUAAUAACUAAAAUUCGGGAGCAUCAAAUGAGAAUUGAAUGUUGAAAAAUUCAGGACAAACCAAAGGAAGUAUUCCACACAGUGCGUAGUUAAACCCUGGAACUCACGGCUGCAGGAGGCAGUGAGGGUCGGCAGCUUGGAUAUCUUUUAAAGGGGAUUAGACAAAUUCAGGGAGGAUAAUAAUAAUAAUAAUAAUAAUAAUAAUAAUAAUAAUAAUUUAUUUAUACCCCGCCCUCCCCGGCCAGAGCCCGGCUCAGGGCGGCUAGCACCAGUAAAAUUACAAUAAAAACAUAAUAGAAAAAAACAAACCCAAUUUAAAAUACAGGUUAAAAUGCAAUUUAAAAUGCGGCCUCAUUUUAAAAGUAGCCCAUAGAUCAAUACUGUAAGGGGAGGGAAACAUAAGGGUCAGACUGAGUCCAAACCAAAGGCCAGGCGGAACAGCUCUGUCUUGCAGGCCCUGCGGAAAAAUGUCAAAUCCCGCAGGGCCCUAGUCUCUUGUGACAGAGCGUUCCACCAAGUCGGGGCCAGUGAGGCCAUCAAUGGCUGCUAGGAACAAGGGCUAUGUGCUGCCUCCGAGAUAACCAGUCCUCUGAACACCAGCGGCUAGUCAUUGCAAGUGGGGAAGUUUGCUGUGGCUCAUAGGUCCUCCUUGUGGGCUUCCCAAGGGCAUUAGUUUGGUCACUGAGCAAGCAGAAUGCUAAAUGGGCCUUUGGUCUGAUCCAGCAAGGCUCUCCUGAUAUUCUUCUUAUGGAACAGCUGAGCCUGGUACCUGGAUUUUGUGCUAGCCUACAAACUGAAUCUUAGCCAUGACACAACAGUUCUGUUUCAGAGAGGUGGCAUACGACCAGUUCUGGAUGAAGCUGCAAUCCCCUGAGGGAGUGGCUUUCCCCCAAGGAACUCUGGGAGUUGUAGUUCUUUAGUUUUGAAGGGUGGUCUCCAAAUUCUAACUACCUAAGAGGAGGAAGCAAUUAUGGUUUAAACAAGUUAAGGAUUGUAUGCAAAAGUGCCAUUUAAUACAUGGACCCCUUUCUUUUUUAUUUUUUAUUUUUUAUUGAAAAAUAAAAAAUGGCAUCCACAAAGAUAAGACACAAAAAAGAAGAAACAAGAAAUAGUACCUAUGUAGAAAACAGAACACAAAAAAAGGAUAAAGUGGGAAAAGUUGUUUCUCUUUGCCCUCCCACCCGACCCUUUGCAGUGGAGCCAAGUGAAAAUGAUCGAAAUUGGGGUCGCCAGUCACCGCGUCGAGGGGACGAGAUUUGCAACGGCCGUACAAAGAGCUCCAGUUCCCCCAAACCAUGUGAAAGCAGUACGCAGAAUGGCAGGUAGGGGGCAGCCUUUCCCUCCUCUCCCAUUCCCUUGCUUGCUUGUAGAGAAUGGGGAUGCCUGGGUUAAAAGAAAGGACUGCAGCUCAGUGGCAGAGCACCUGCUUGGCAUGCAGAAGGCCCUGGGUUCAAUUCCCCAGCCUCUCCAGUUUAGAAGGAUCUAGUUGCAGGUGAUGGUAAAGACCCUUCUCUGCCAAGACCCUGGAGAGCGGCUGCCAGUCAAAGCAGACAAUGCUGGCCUAGAUGGACGAACAGGCUGACACAGCAUAAGGCAGCAUCGUAUGUCUUAAUGACUGGAGCAGGCUGUACUAUCAUGGACUGACUGGGUGCAGAGGAGCAGUGGGAGGCACCAGCUGGAGAACCCCCAAGGGAAGAAGGCUCACAUCCAGGGGGUUGGUGGUGGGAGGACGAUAAGCGGUCAGAGGAAGAAGAGGGAGCAGAUGGGAGGAGGAGGAGGUGUCGGAUGCAGAAGAGGCAACAGGGUUUAGUGAGCAGGAAGAGGCUGUGGCAGAGAGCAGCCCAGAAUUGGAGGCAGAAGCAGAGUGGGGUCAAGAGGCAGCAAUGAGGCUGGCUGCUGAAGAAUCCAGGGAGUCUCCCCCUCCUGCUGUGACCUCCCCCCUGGUCUCCCCAAACACAGAGAGGAAUAAAGAGGGCGCAGCAAAGACAGACAAGGCAAAGGAGCCUCAAGUUGCCUGGAGGGGGGGAGGGAGCAGAGUCUUUGAGAGAGGUAGGAAGGCGGGGACCCUCAUUCCUUGCCUCAUAGAAGCAAGACGUAUUAGGAAGGGUUACUGGGAUCACUAGGCCUGUGCUGUUUUGAUUUCUUUGACUACAGAGUAAACUUCACUGACGCCGGUGUUUUAUAUUGCUGACUUACUCCUGACUCCGGCUCCUGACAUGUACACAUCCCCUGAGCAGGUUGCAAACCCUUUCUUGUCCCCCUCGCAGGAGAAGGUCGCGGCUAGAAGAAACGACGUGGUACAUGGAGCCAGAGGUGCUGCCCGUUCCUGAACAGACCCAGCCCAGCCCAAAUGGUGAGCGCUUUUCCGGGGGUUUUGCACUGUUCUGUCUCCUGAAUUGUUUCCCCUGAGGAGCCGUAGCUCAGUAAUAGAGUCUGUGCUUUAUAUCUGGGGUCGGGAACCUCCAGCCCACGGGCCUUUUAGGGCCCACCGGGCCUUUCUCAUUUGACCCAUUUUGGCCAAGCAUUGCCCAGCUGCCCUACACCUUGGCAUCAUGUCUAUGACGUGAGGCAGGAAAAGAUGCAUCUCGGCCAAAGAGGAAUUGCGGGUGCCGUCCAUCAGCUGGUCAUCCAUGCGGGGGGGGGGGUUGGCUGGUGUCACUGUGGUACCAGCUGAUUAUGAGGUGGGCAGCCCCACCUACCUGUCAAACGUGGCCUGCAUACAUGGGCGAGAGAGGAUCCCCAUCCCUGCUCUACACGCCUUUCCCGUUACCUGUUAUGUCACUGGCAUGUUUAUACUACCCCUGGAAUAAAAUGAACACCUGGCACCUGGAGUUUCCUCCUUUUAUUUGCUGAGCUGAAUCUGACACAUAGGAGCUGUCCUGGAUAUAGUUUUCCCACAGCUGUUGCAUGCCAACAGGACUUUCCAGACUGUGGUCUGCUGAAUCACCAAUGGUCCAAGAGGUCCAAUGCCAUACCUGAUGGGAAUUAGAAGUCUCUGAGGUCUAAACUGCAACUCCCAGGUUUCUUGGAGCUAUGUGCUUUAAACAUAGAAUGUGGAGAUGACUUCAACAGUUCGCAUUCUGUGGUAUUUUGGGUUCCCCUUACAAAUUUUCUAAAGUUUUUUUUUUUUAUGGGUUACUUCAGCAAGUCCUGAGGUACGCCCAAACCUGCCGACACUUCCCUCUUCUAUGUCAGGAGGUGUCAGUUUGAUUACAUAAGCCAUGGGUAGGCAAACUAAGGCCCGGGGGCCGAAUCCGGCCCAAUCACCUUCUAAAUCCGGUCCGCGGACGAUCCGGGAAUCAGUGGUUUUUUUACAUAAGUAGCAUGUGUGCUUUUAUUUAAAAUGCAUCUCUGGGUUAUUUGUGGGGCAUAGGAAUUCGUUCAUCCCCCCCCCAAAAAAAUAUAUAUAGUCCGGCCCCCCACAAGGUCUGAGGCACAGUGGACUGGCCCCCUGCUGAAAAAGUUUCCUGACCCCUGACAUAAGCAAUAGCACUCACAACCUUAACAAUAGAUGCAGCGGGAGUGGUGUCAGCAUAUGCCUGUGAGAAGGGCUGUGGCUCAGUGGUAGCGCUCCUGCUUUGCAUGCUGAAGGCAACAGGCUCUAUUCCAGGCAUUUCCAGGUCAGGUUGGACUGUAUGGACUGGCUGGAGGCAGAGGAGUGGUGGGAGGCAUCAGCUGGGGAACUCCCAAGGGAAGAAGGCUCAAGGCCAGGGAAUUGGUGGUGGCAUGAUGAUGAAUGGCAAGAGGGAGAAGAUGGGGGGGGGAGGUGUCAGAAGCUGAAGCGACAACAGGGAACUUCAUUAACGUGUGACCCCAAAAUUCCGGAUUCCGCCCCCCCAAAAAAAACUGAUGCCAAAGUUUAGUGCUAUUUUUAGUUCUGUUUUGUGCCGCAAACCCUGUGUUCCAUGCCACCCCCCCAAAAAAAAUAGUCAUUGACAAAUCGGGGUCACAAGUUAAUGCCAACAAAUCCAACUUUGUCCAGUUGACUUCAAGCAGGUGCCAAGGUUUAGCGUCGGUUUUGUGCCGCAAACCCCGCAUUUUGUGCCACCCUACAAACUGAGCAAUUGACACUCAAACCGGGGUCACUGUUAAAUGACCCCAAACCCAACCUUGUCUGAUUGACUUCAAACCAGUGCCAAAGCAGUCUGCUGGUUUGGUGCCGCAAACCCCACAUUUUGUGCUGCCCCCCGCAAAACUGAGUGGGCUUCAGUGGGCUAAGUGGGGACUUAAGUUAGCUAAGUGGGGACUUAAGUUUGUAACACUAUGUCAGGUUGUGGUUUGACUUUCCAACUUUCUUACCCUAACAGGCAGUGUCCCAGUCGACUCCCCGGAAACCGAGGACCCAGUCCCAGAACGUCCCAGUGCCCCCCGGCUCAUCCAGCGGGCCCUGCUUCGGGGAACAGCUUUGCUUGCUUCUCUCGGGUUGGGCCGAGAGCUUCCGUCCGCCCUGCAGGAGCCCCCGCCGCCCUCCCCUCCGCAAGAGUCCACCCCCACCGUCCAUGUGGAGCUGUGCAAGGAGGAACCUCCUACGGAUCUCCUCGUCGAUGUGGCCUCUGGGGGCAACAGGGGGGCCUUGCCUCCUCUCUGGACCCAGAUGUCACCCAAGAUCCCGAGACUUGUGGAAGGCCGCGGCAACAAAACCCAGAAAUGGGGUAAGUCCUGGCAGGAGAAUUUAGGAGGCUGCAGAGGGGCGGGGUUGAUCUGGUGCAGAUGAGGGCUGCAGCUCAGAGGCUGAGCAGACGCUCUUCAGGCAAGCAGCCCCUGGGUCAGCCCCACUGUCAUCUUCAGCUAGGGCUUGGAAUUGUCCCCCUGCCUGCGCCCCAGAGAGCUGAUACCUGUCCUUGUAGGCAAUGCUAGAUGGGUCAGUGGACUUGGGCCACAUUGGCGCAGUUAAAGUGCUUAUUAUACCACUUUUAACCGUACCAGCUUCCCCCUGGGAAUUAUGGGAGCUGAGUAUUGUUAGAGGACCCCUUUAUUUCCCUCACAGAGCUACCAUUCCCAGAGUUCCCUGUGAUUCUGUGAGGGGAAAUAAGGGUCUCCUAACAACUCUGAGCAUCCUUAACAGACUACAGCUCCCAGGAUUCUUUGGGGGGUUUAAAGUGGUAUCGUAGCUUCCUGUCUUCGUAGGACGGAGGCCUUAGCCAAAUAUCUGGGUGUUAAACCAGCAUAAAAGGCAGUGGCAUGGCUGAACAUAGUUUUUUGAACUUUCACAACCAGAUUCCAGUUCCCCCCAGGGUUUCUUUCCGCUUGAGUUAGGGACAUCAUGGCUACUGUGUGCUUAUCCAGCUAAUCCAGAAAGUGGCAGCUAGACUGGUGACUGGGAGCGGCCGCCGAGACCAUAUAACACUGGUCUUGAAAGACCUACACUGGCUCCCAGUACGUUUCCGAGUACAAUUCAAAGUGUUGGUGCUGACCUUUAAAGCCCUAAACGGCCUCGGUCCAGUACACUUGAAGGAGUGUCUUCACCCCCAUCGUUCUGCCUGGACACUGAGGUCCAGUUCCGAGGGCCUUCUGGCAAGAAGCCAAGUUACAGGGAACCAGGCAGAGGGCCUUCUCGGUAGUGGCACCCACCCUGUGGAACGCCCUCCCAUCAGAUGUCAAAGAGAAAAAUAACUACCAAACUUUUAGAAGACAUCUGAAAGCAGCUCUGUUUAGGGAAGCUUUUAAUGUUUAAUAGGUUAUUAUAUUUUAGUGUUUUGUUGGAAGCCGCCCAAAGUGGCUGGGGAAACCCAGCCAGAUGGGCAGGGUAUAAAUAAUAAUUAUAUUAUUAUUAUGCUCUCUGUUCCUUACAGAUGGUGCUCUCCCUUCUCCUUCCUCCCCCCGCAGCCCCCGCUCCCCCCGCCCCUCCCCACACGCCAGCCUCAUCUCCAGGCCCCGCCCUUCUCCCGUCCGCAGCCGCAUCGACCCCUGGAGCUUUGUGUCUUCUGGGGCCCGCUCCUCCCCAGUCCAGUCCCCUCGCCUGGGGCCACGCCAGUUCAAGCCACUGGGUCCUGAAAGGACCAACCCUUUUGCGGCUCCCGAUCCCUUUGCCUGUGGGGACUUCUCAGCCCCGAGGGAGCCAACAGCGCCAGCCACCCCUGACCCCUUCCUCGUCGCGUCCAGAUUGGCUCCACCCGGGCGGCUCAGCCCUUCUCCGUUGCCGCGCCAGACCUCCCGCCCGCUCCCGCCCGAAGAGGAGCUGCCGUGGUGGACAGCAGCUGCAUCCGCUCAAGGACGGACGGCCCCAAAGUGAAGGGAAAAGCAAAAGAAGGCGGUCCCGCCUUCCCGAAGCACCUUUUCGUUCAGGAAGUUGGCGCCUUGAACUUUGAACCCCACGCUCAACUGUGAUUGGACAUGAGGCUGCAAAUGUAGUCGAAGGCUGGGAGCAUGGGCUCGCUGUCGAAAGGGGAGACGGGAAUCGCUGUCAAAGGGGGAGAGGGGGAUUUUCCCACGCCGUAGGGGGGAGGUGGGCACACCCCCACACCCCACACACUCGAGUACCUUCUUCCCUUCCUCCCCACUUUCUAUUCACUGAGCGCCUUAACCUCAGCAGUGUUGGGAAGACUUUGCUUCUUUCUCAGCCAAUUCCUUCAGGGAUGUCAAACCACGGGAUAGUAUUGAGUGCCCCACGGAAGUGAUGAGGGGUUGUGUAUAUUGGGCAGGGGGUGGGGGGUGGGGAUGAGGGAGAGCAGAGAGCCCUUUCUCACGCCCCUCCAUGUAAUGAACACUAACCAGUCAGACCCACGCUGGCAAGUCACUCUCCUCUCCUCCACCUUUGCUGGAAUGGCUUGUGGGGCUUCCACGGCCCCCGCAUUGGCCGGGCUCGCUGGCUGGCAGCUAUUGUCUUCAUUGCGUACUGAUUCUCCAUUCACCUUGAGGGGCACAGCUCCACCCUGCCAUGACUAGGCCUUAGUGGCUCUCCCUCCACUGAAUGCAGGAGGUGGAGCAGCUUUGUCCAACCUGGAGCCCUCCAGAUGUUUUGGACAACAACUCCCAUCAUCCCAUAGCCAGCAAGUGCUGAUGGGAGUUGUAGUCCAAAACGUCUGGCAGACUCCUAAGUUGGCCAAGGCUGUCAUGGAGAGCCUGUGAAGCAAGCAAGACUCCACUCUCCUUUCUCUGUAUCCUUUGUCCCCAAGACGGGCAUCGCUCCUUCCAAUUUAUGCAAGGAGGGGAGCCUGCCAUGGUUAUCUUAACCCAAGCAGGUCCGAGGAUGCUCUGCAGCUUUCAAGAGCGAGCCACAUUGCACAAACACGAGAGGAGAUAGCCCAGAGUGGGGGUACACACUGGAGCCAGAUUGCCCCACCUGCUUGUGCCUGUCUUUUGACGUGGACGUGUAAGAGGAAAGCAAAGAAUGUCUUGCAACGGGAUGCACUUGCAACAAAAAAAAGCAGUGCUUUUUCCUGGUUGGAGCCUGACAGCCACUAGCACUUUGAAUGUGCAAUUCUACUGUGUCCGCCUCUCCCCUCUCCCCACCCUACUUGAAAUUCACAUGUGAGUGCCAGGCUCCCUCGUGCACCUUCUCCCGCUCCACGAGGGAGCCACCUGUGUCAGGCCCAAUCUCAACUUGCGAUGGGCCAAGCCUGUGAAAUGAGACCAAAUAAACUUCUGAUUGCUGCCUCCAUCCCA